AUGGAGGGCAAACCAGUUUUCAAUGAUGAGUCGGCGGUUGAUCCCGAGAAGAGGGACGCUGCCGGUAUACCAAAAGGAAAUGGCGAUGGCCAUGAUGUCAAGAUUGGUGAUGACCAAGAAUACAACAAGUUAUCAUUCUGGACGCGAAUGGGAUGUACUGCAGAGUCGUUCAAGCGCAGAAGUACUAGCGACAAACACAACCAGCUCAACCAAACUCUACGCUCUCGCCACAUGCACAUGAUUGCCAUUGGUGGUUCCAUUGGCGCAGGUCUUUUCGUCGGUACUGGCUCAGCUCUCCGAAGAGGUGGCCCAGCAUCACUUCUUCUCGACUAUGGCAUUAUCGGCAUAAUGAUCUUCAAUGUUGUAUUUGCUCUCGGUGAACUCUGUAUCAUGUAUCCCAUCUCCGGCGGGUUUUACACCUUCUCGACUCGAUUCAUUGAUCCCGCGUGGGGAUUUGCCAUGGGCUGGAACUAUGUCUUUCAGUGGGCGAUCGUAUUACCUCUCGAAAUUACGGUGGCUUCGUUUACGAUAUACUUCUGGACUACAGACGUUCAUGUCGCAGUGUGGAUAACUAUCUUCUUGGUAUGCAUUAUCAUUGUGAAUGUAUUCGGCGUCCUGGGAUAUGGAGAAGAAGAGUUCUGGUCAAGCGCCCUCAAGCUGUCUGCAAUCGUGAUUUUCAUGAUCAUUGGUCUGGUCCUCGUCCUCGGAGGUGGGCCAAGUAGCGGUAUCUACGACAAGUACUGGGGUGCCAGACUCUGGUACGACCCUGGGGCUUUUCGAAAUGGCUUCAAAGGUUUCUGUUCGGUCUUCGUCACUGCCGCCUUUGCCUUCUCUGGAACCGAACUAGUCGGCUUGGCCGCAGCUGAGUCGAGAACUCCACUGAAGUCGUUGCCGUCGGCUGUCAAGCAGGUCUUUUGGCGAAUUACCUUAUUCUAUAUCCUGGCGCUACUUUUCGUUGGCCUGCUGGUCAACUCGGAAGAUGAGCGCCUCCUCGGUGCCAACCCUUAUGUCGACGCACAAGCCUCGCCGUUUGUGCUCGCCGCUCAAGACGCUGGGCUACACGGAUUUGAUUCCUUCAUGAAUGUUGUCAUUCUGGUGUCUGUCAUCUCCAUCGGUAACAGUGGCGUCUACGGCGGCAGCCGCACACUGACUGCACUUGCCGAACAAGGUUACGCUCCCAAGAUCUUCGCCUACGUGGACCGCGCCGGCCGUCCUCUCGUCUCCACUGUCACUAUCAUCGCCUUUGGUGGCUUGGCCUACCUCGGAGUCGCAGAGUCUGGUAUUGAAAUUUUCGAUUGGCUCCUGGCUCUGUCUGGUCUGGCUGCGCUGUUCACAUGGGGUUCCAUCUGUCUCGCACACAUCCGCUUCCGAAAUGCCUGGAAGUAUCAAGGCCGCUCGCUAGAUGACAUCCCCUUCAAGGCCGUCGGCGGUGUUUACGGAUCAUAUGUUGGCCUUAUCCUCAUCGUUUUGGUGUUGAUUGCACAGUUCUACGUCGCAAUCUGGCCUCCUGGAGGUGGUGUCAACGACGCCGAGGGCUUCUUUAAGUCUUACCUUGCUCUUCCGGUUGUCAUGUUCUUCUGGGCCUGUGGAUACUGCUGGAAGCGCGAGGGCUGGUUGAAACUGGGUCAGAUUGAUCUCGACUCGGGACGGAGAGAGAUUGAUUGGGAGGCUCAUCGCGCGGAGCAGGAGAGGAGAAAGAAUGCCAGUCUGCCUAUGAGAAUCGUCUACUUUAUGUUCUAG